GCAAAAUGGAAGUAGAAAUUCACUAAGAUAAAUUAAAUGAUAACAAUCAAUGAGUAUAUCAUUUGAUUUAAUAAUGAAAUAAGAUAGAAAUUUUUCAAGGUCCCGAAGAAGCACCUCUCCCUAACUCAAAAACAAAAAGGCACAAAAAAACAAACAAAAGAAAAACCAUAACUUACAAUCGUCAUCUUCCAAAACCAAAUCAAUAUCACAAGAAAUUUAACCUGGCUUACCAGAGGAAAAGAAUAUCCUCAAUUUGAUCUCGGAACUGGAAACCUAAAACCAGAAGGGGAUCGAAAAUCAGAAGCUAAUCCACUUGUGCCUUUAGGAUGCCUAAAAUCCAAGUAUUGAAUUAAGAUAUAUUUAGUGAGAAAAAAUAAUCAAGAACUUUCAGAAAUCUGGAGAUAAUCACAAUAUAACCAAAAUUAUCACUAAGAAUUUCAACAAUCAAUGAUGAAUGAAUACGUCUUUCUUGGGAACAGUCUUUCAAACCACAUGAUCUCCUAGAAACAAAGAGCCAAGAUGGUUAAUUGGAUGGUCGAAGUCUUAAGUAAUUAUAAUGAAACUACUUCCAACAUUACCUUCUUCAGAUCUGUUUCCAUCAUGGAUUAUUACCUCUAAAAAUCCAUUUUCCAAUUUUCUGAUAAUAAUCUUCACCUGAUUGGCAUCACUUCCAUGUUUAUUGCUACCAAACUUGAAGAUAUUUAUCAUAUCCCCUUGAUAGAUUUUGUAACUAGAGUUAGUCAUAAUUAAUAUUCCUAGUAUAAAUUAUAUCUAAUUUAGAUUCGCAAUCAAAGCAAUGGAACAAUCAAUCUUGGAAACCUUAAAUUUUGAGGUCACAUUCCCAACAUCAUUGGACUUUUUGCAAAAGAUCUUUUACUAAUGUUUUAGUUUGAAUGACAAGUAUUAAUUUCUUAUUAUAAAUUUAGUCCUAACUUAUAAAAUAUUUUAGAUGCUAGUAUCUAUAGGUUAAAAAUGUGUCUAUAUGAUUACACUAUGACAUCCUUUAAUUUAUAUACUCUUGCAGCUUCAUCCCUGAUUUAUUCUAUAAAAGACUUUGUCAACAAAAACUAUCUAAAUGAUCGAAAUAUUGUCAUCGAUCUAUUUGUAAUUAUUUAUACUAUUAAUUUAGUACAAUAAAAUUAUUGAAAUCUCUUAAAUUGAUUUAGCAGAACUUAAAUCAUGUGAAGCCUAUUUAUAGGAUCUAGUAAGUUCUUUUCAAAUUUUAUAUCCUCUAUUCCGCAAUUUAUAAUAAUAUUCAUGA